CAAAAAAAAAAUACAAUCAUUAAAACAUACAUAAUAUUAGUUAAUAAAAUUAUUUUGAAUAAAGAAUGUAAAUACUAAAAAAAGAUGCAGAAAUUUGAUUUGGAAUGUUUUUUUUUUUCCUCUGAGAUUUUUAUUAAAGGACAAAGCCCAUCAAGAGAACAAAGCAUACAUAAGGUCUAAACAACGGGCCACAUUUACAAAAACCUCCAUGGGCCAACAGCCAAAUAAAGGAAACCGUAGAGGAAGGUAAGCGUCGGUGGCCACCACGUGUCCAAUCGACACACGAUUCGAAGACACGCGUCAAGCCGGAAACCACCACCUCCUCCGGAAAGGUUACGUCGGAGCUCCGCCAUGAACAAAGAUAGAUCGGUGAAGACCAUCCAAACAAAGAAGUCUUCAUAGAAGGCAAACGCAACCGGAUCGUCUUUUCAGAAAAAAUCGUCUUCAAUCAAUUCAAAGAACUCCAACCAUCGGAGGCUGAAAUCGAGAGUCAGUGGAGAAGUGAGGGACUUGAAUCGACGAUCAAAAUUAGCCGGCAAAAACGACGCUACUCAACCGCCGAAUCCCGGAGACAAAGUCGGCGAAGCAGGUGCUAUGGAAGCCACCGCUUCUCAGAAUCUAAAGCCGGACGACCAUCGGAAGAACAGAUGCGACGCCGGAAGCAGGGGCCGGUCGGGAACACCGAAACCGGAAAGCCAAAAAAGAUAUUGGACUCUCUACUCCUCCGAACAAACUCCAAUCCUUCUGAAAUAUAUAUAUUUUUUUUAUAAGAAGGCUGGAGGUUUCGAGAGAACAAACCUCUUGAUUUGGAAUGUUAUCAUUUGAAAUAGUAAAAGAAAUAACAAAAACUAAUUUUCCUAAAUAAAACCAAAAGUUAUCAACAAUAUAUAUAUUAUUUUUGUAAUGACUAACUUCAAAUAGUUAAAUUUAUUUUAUUGAUAAGUUAUAUUUUAUAGGAGUUAUUUUGUUUACAUCAUUUUAUUAUUAGAUAAAAAUAACAUUCAAAUAUCAUAAUAGUUUUAAUACAAUAAAGCUUUGUUAUGAUUAGCAUAGAUGAAAAUUACUAUAUUAAAUAAAAAUGUGACCAUCAGUUUAUUAUUCGACAAAAAUAACAUUCAAAUAUCAUAAUAGUUUUAGUACAAUAAAGCUUUGUUAUGAUUAGCAUAUAUGUAAUUUACUAUAUUAAAUAAAAAUGUGACCAUUAGUUUAUUAUUCGAUAAAAAUAUUAUAAUAUGGUUAUAGUUUUAGUAAAACUAAGCUGUGUUAUAGUAAAGCUUAGAUGUAAAUUUCCUUGCAUAUAUGUGCUAAUGGAUUAUUAUUAGCAAUAAGAAUACCUUAGUUAAAGUGUUUUACGUAUUAUCAUUAUUAUUGUAUCAUAAUGCCUUACGUGUAUUUAUGUUUGCAAUAAUAAAUAAAUGGAAGAAAAAAAUUCAGCUAACAAAAACUAGAAAAACUAGUUUUUGAUUUUUGCUUAGAAAUUGACAGUUAUCUUAAAAACUAGUUUCUUUAGAUUUUAGGAAAACCAUUUUUCAAAAAAUUUGAUUGAAUGAAAAAUAGAUUUUGGAAAAACAAAAACCAGAAAUUAUUCUAAAAGCUAGAAACAAUUAACCUCUGAAUCAAAUCCAGAUCGAAAUUUCUUUAAUAGAAUUGUUUGUGUUUGUAUUCCAUAUGUUUCAAUACAGAUGAUGUCUUGGACCAGUUUUGUUGUUUCACAAAAUAAAAUGUUUCACAAAUCAAGAUAAUUUUUAACUUUAUUAAAAACUUUAUAACCAAUUAUAUUUUUGCUUAUAAUUAAAUAAUUAAUUUUAAAUGAUACUUUAAUGAUAUUUUUGAUAAAAAGUAGUUUUUAAUAUUUGUGCAUUGAGGCAAAAGAUGUACAAUAUGAAACAGGAGUAUUACGACUGGACUAUAAACGUUAUCAACUAACUAAGAGAUGAGCCGCCGGUUGUACUGACGGAAACCAACAUCAGAGGCUAACAUUUUUGGGCCAUUGUCCAAAAACUAAAAGAUGACAAAAGGCACAAGUAACAGAGACCAAACAGAGUGGAGAAAAAAAAAAAAAAAACAGAGUGGAGAAAGUAAAACCGAAAGAAAAGAAAAAGGAGGCAACUUUUUAGUUAUAGACCGUUUCAAAAUAACAGCAUCUUUCUAUUUUUCCUUCACAUGUUCCACCACCAUAACCAAAGCCCCUCCUUUUGCGCUAUUCAUCCACAAAACUGAAAACCUCUCUCCCUUUUUAUUCUUCUUCAUCUCUUCACAUCACUUUCCUUACCUAUCCUCCUAUCUCUUUAUUUUGCUCAAAUCUUGAUUCUGAAAACGUAAUGGAGAACAGUGUGAACAUGUUUAGGCAGAGCGAAUCCCCGAGAUCACCGCCCACUAGGCUGCAGAGGCAAGCACCCAUGGCUCUGAAUCUUGACAAUGUUCCAGUGAAUCCCGUUUUGCAGCAGUCUUGUGAUGCAGUUGCAACCUCGGCUAUCCCUCUGCUUUCACCUCUCUACGUGUCUCCAGACCAGCACUCUUCUUCUCUCCCUAGACAAGGGGAUGAUUUUACUGAAAAGAAUGGUUCUCAACCGUCAAUGGACCACAAGGAAGGCUGGCAACAUUCAGCUGAGGCUGACCAUAGCAACCAAAUGGCUCUUGUAAAUAUGUUUCAAACCAAGUUCGCGCUUGUAAAUCAUUCACAAUGAUCUUAGCGUGUAGGAUGGCCUUGAUGUUUCAGAUGCUGUAAUAAAAAAAUAGCUUAGAUAUAUUAUAAGCAAGAUCCAGCUUCUGGCAAUGGUAAUUUUCCAAUGUGCAAAAAGCAGUAAAUUUAUAAAGAUUCAACGACUGUGUGUGUGUGUGCAUGGGCGAAUCUUAGGAAACUAUUGUAGUAGGUGCAUAACUUCAAAAA